UAUGACUUCUCUCUUGUAUUCCAUGUCUGCUUGUCAAAUUCAAAAACCUGCGCCAGAGUGGACUGGUCAGGCUGUGGUUGAAGGAAAAUUUAAGCAACUCAGUCUUGUUGAUUUUCGCGGGAAAUAUGUAGUUUUGUUAUUUUAUCCACUGGAUUUCACCUUUGUAUGUCCUACUGAAAUUAUUGCCUUUAAUGACCGUCUCGAUGAGUUUCGAAAGAUCAACUGUGAGGUAGUGGCUUGUUCAGUGGAUUCUCACUUCUCUCAUCUUCAGUGGACGCAAGUUCCUCGAAAGCAAGGGGGGUUGGGUCCAAUGAGACUUCCGUUGCUUUCUGAUAUUACUAAAUCAAUUUCGAGGAGUUAUGAUGUACUUCUUGAGGAUGAGGGUGUUGCGCUUCGAGGCUUGUUUAUUAUUGAUCAUGAAGGAAAACUUCGACAGAAAACUGUCAAUGAUCUUCCCGUUGGCCGUAAUGUGGAUGAAACCCUCCGACUUGUCCAGGCCUUUCAGUACACUGAUGUUCACGGAGAAGUCUGUCCUGUUGGCUGGAAGCUCGGCUCCGACACAAUUAAACCUACGGUGGAGCAUUCUAAGGAAUAUUUUUCCAAGCAAUAAACAUUAUUGAAUUUUA